AAAAUAGUUUAUUUUAUUUUAAUAUCCACUGUUAUAAAUAUAUAUAUAUAUAUAUUUCCAGCAUCGUUAAUUCUAUGUAAACUUUGGUUAACAAACAACCUAACUUCACAACAAAACCCCACCCAGUUGUAUAAGAGCGGCCUCAUUGGGCUGUACGUCUGUAAAUCCCUUCCCUCUUUAAUCGGCUCUUCCCAUUGGACGGCGGUGACGACAAUCCUGAAACGUGCUGCCGCCCACCGAGCGGAUCAAGUUUGAAUGAACAGCAGCAGUCUGCUCCUGAGGUGGUAGUUGCAUUUGCAGUAAUUAUUAAAAAGUGUGUAUCGUAUCAUCUGAGCGCCGAUCGAGGAUGGACAUGAAGAAAAGAAUUCACCUGGAGCUGCGGAACCGCACUCCGUCGGACGUCAAAGAGCUUGUGCUGGACAACUGUCGCUCAAACGAAGGCAAGAUCGAGGGUCUAACGGAUGAGUUUGAGGAGCUGGAAUUCCUAAGCACAAUCAAUGUCGGUCUGACAACAGUUGCUCACCUGCCGAAGCUAAAGAAACUCAAAAAGCUUGAACUCAGCGACAACCGGAUCUCAGGAGGGUUAGAAGUUCUGGCGGAUAAAUGUCCGAACCUCACGCAUCUGAAUCUCAGCGGGAACAAGAUAAAAGAUCUUAGCACAAUAGAACCGUUGAAAGAAUUGGGGUCCCUGAAAAGCCUCGAUCUGUUCAACUGUGAAGUAACAAAUCUGAACGAGUACAGAGACAACGUGUUCAAGCUCUUACCACAGCUCACGUACCUAGACGGCUACGACAAAGAAGACAAAGAGGCCCCCGACUCCGAUGCCGAGGUCUACGCCGAGGGCUUAGAUGAUGAAGACGAAGAUGAAGAUGAUGAGGAAGAGUACGAUGAGGAUGCCCCACCUGGCGACGAGGAAGAUGAAGAAGGAGAGGAUGAUGAAGAGGAAAAUGAAGAAGAGGAGGAAGAGGACCUGAGUGGGGAGGAGGAAGAAGAGGAAGACUUGAAUGACAGAGAGGUUGAUGAUGAAGAUGAAGAAGAAGAAGAGCGAGGUCAAAAGAGAAAACGGAGCCUGGAUGAAGAAGGGGAGGAAGACGAAGACGACUGAGAGUCCUGCGUAAGCCUAGUUGUGAACUGUUUUAAACUUGUUUCUCCCGGUCACUUCCCUACAAACCCAAAUACCCCCCUGCCCCUCCUCCCAGUUUCAUAUUGCAGUAGGAGUGUUUCUUUUGUUGAUUUUGUUUUUUAUUAUUAUUGGCCAGUCAGGUUGAUGGGACGGCUUCCUGCACCUCUAAUAAUCCCAUGUUCCAGUCUCAACAGUCCACUUUUACCUGCUUUGUGGACACCUGUUUUAUAAAAUUAAACAAUAGCAGAGAUUAAAAAAAAAAUCUUUUUUGAAAAGAAAAUCGUUUUGUUUUCUCACUGUUUAUGUAAGACAAGUUUCAGAUAACUUAUGCAUUUUAAAAGGCUUCCCCUUCGAAAACAAUAAUAAUAAUAAUAAUAAAAAAGAGUGCAUGUCUUAUACAUUUUAAAGUCAACUACUGGAUUUCAUAUAUGGCUGUCAUUUCCUUGUCUUAAAUGUAUUGUUUUGCAUCAUACUUUUGUUUUCUUUUAUGAUGCAAGUUAUGUAUUUGUAGUGUCACCGGUAAGCCAAUACUCUCUGCUGUCCUGGUGUGAACCUUUGUGUCUGAACGUGCACAGUGUGACCCUGGCAGGGCUUUUUUUAAAAGGAAAAAAAACAACAAAAAAAAACAACAAAUUAUGGCACCAACAUGUCUGCCUUUGUCAAAGCCGCUCCUCCUCCUGAAACCCUCAGCUUUGAUAGUUCGGAAAUUACGUGUUCUUGUAAAUAAUGACCAAAUCUAUUUUUUUGUAUUCUCUUUGAUGACGGCAGACAUUGGACAGACAACUGAGGUGAAACUAUGAAUUGUAAUAAGAUAUUAAAUAUGUAUGCUGCUUUAUCUAAAAUGCGCAGUGUGAAAUUUCUUGAUUUGAACUUUAUAUGCAUAAUCCUUCCAUGAGAAGACGAUGUUUGCCAUCAGAACUUAUUGUUUUUUCUUUUCCUCCCAUGUUUUUAUUUUUAUCCUCUUUUUUUUUUUUUUUUUUGGGACACAUGAAGGUGACCAUGUUUGAGCUGGUGGUGUUAGUGUAGAGAAGUAAUUGGUGUUAAUUGGAAGUUACAACUGCAGUGUAUGCGCAUUUAAAUAUGUUAUUUCAAAGUGUGAGAAAUUGGAACACAGUCAAUGAAUUGGACUUUGCUCUCAUAAAUUGCAACGGUCGAAUUGGCCCACCUCGGAAAUGUUUCGCUCUGAUAAAUCCAGCGUCAUCAUAAAAAUUUUGUUUCUCUUUUUCUCUCCCAUUCACUUCAAUAAAUCCUUUUUAUAUAAA